ACCGCAAGCCGUCGUCACCAAGAGGGAGGAAUGCGGUAAGCGGCAAGCCUAUUCCGUCUUCUACUGUCCUGUUCCGCCGAACACGUCGCCAGGUCUCCUUCCGCCAGAGCACGCCACCUCGAAUCCCCCUCCCUGCUCAAGUGCUCGGCGACUCGGCACCUCCGCCCCACGUCUUUCUCCACCGACCACCUGCCCCGACCCCUCCUCGACCGGCGUCGAGUGGGGAUCCAUCAGGACUGGUUGGUGAGUCUUUGACUCGCUCGGAUCGUUCUAAUUUGUUCAUAAUUUUUUCCCGUUUGCUUGCCUGCGAGCAAUCGACUCCGAUUCGUCGUAGGGGCUACUCCAAUGCAUGCAGUUAAGUUAGUCGUGGAGUUCUAAGGGAAGGAUCGGCAUGCUCUACAGAGAAGUGUUGCAGAGCGUUAAAAGCAGUUUGGGAAGACUACAGAAAUACCCAAAAAGAUCGCCCCCUAGCUUCUGAAUCCUUCAAUUCUCUAGCCUGUAAAAGAACAAGCCAGGGGUAGCUAAAUACGACAACCCCAGCACUUACUCAUUAUCUUUGCUGACAGUAUGGCACUGAAAAAUGUGAUCCGUGUCAUUUUGGUGCUGGCCCAUGUGAGCAGUUGUCUGGCUCGAUUAGGGAACAUGUUCUCUCCUGGCUUCGUUUCAGCAUCAAAGCCAUUGCCAAGCUGGCCAAUUUUGAGUGCAGGAACAUCUGUAACUGUGGCUCUUGUUUUGUCAUUGUUUCUAACCUUUGAGCAUCUGUGUGCAUACCAUCAACCUGAGGAGCAAAAAUUCAUGAUUGGUCUGAUUCUGAUGGUUCCAGUAUAUGCUGUUCAAUCAUUCUUUUCAUUACUGAAUUCAAAUGUUGCAUUCAUCUGUGAACUGAUGCGUGACUGUUACGAGGCAUUUGCCAUGUAUUGUUUCGAGAGAUAUUUGAUAGCAUGCUUAGGUGGAGAAGAAAGUACCAUUAGGUUUAUGGAGGGUCGGCUUCAAAUCAGUGAGAGCUCACCUCUGCUAGAUAUUGAUUAUGAUUAUGGCAUUGUGAAACAUCCUUUCCCAUUGAGCUGCUUUAUGAGAAAUUGGUACCUCGGUCCUGACUUCUACCAUGCUGUGAAGAUUGGUAUUGUGCAAUAUAUGAUCCUCAAGCCUAUCUGUGCUGUUUUGGCAAUUUUCUUUGAACUUCUUGGAAUCUAUGGAGAAGGAAAGUUUGCGUGGAAAUACGGGUAUCCAUAUUUGGCUGUUGUCCUAAAUUUCAGCCAGACGUGGGCAUUAUAUUGUCUUAUACAGUUUUAUACUGCUACCAAGGAGAAGCUGCAACCUAUAAAGCCCCUGUCCAAGUUUCUUACUUUCAAAUCUAUUGUAUUUUUGACCUGGUGGCAGGGUGUUGCUGUUGCGUUUCUUUUCUCAACUGGGCUUUUUAAUGGACAUUUGGCACAAAGGUUUCAAACACGUAUCCAGGAUUACAUUAUAUGCCUUGAGAUGGGGGUUGCGGCAGUGGUCCAUUUAAAAGUGUUUCCAGCUAAACCUUACCGACGUGGGGAAAGAAAUGUUCCCAAUGUUGCUGUCAUGUCUGAUUAUGCAUCACUGGGAGCUCCAGACCCUGAAGAAAUUGGAGGGAUCGACAGCUUAACAAUCUUGCAAACUCCUGUCACUAAAGACAGGCAGCUGAGUUUUUCUCAGAGUGUUCGUGAUGUUGUGUUGGGCAGCGGUGAAAUCAUGGUUGAUGAUGUUAAAUAUACAGUUUCACAUGUCGUGGAGCCUAUGGAGCGGAGUUUUACAAAGAUAAAUAAGACAAUUCAUCAAAUCUCAGAAAACGUCAAGCAGCUUGAGAAGCAAAAGAGGAAGGCAAAGGACGACAGUCAUCUUAUUCCCCUAGAACCAUGGUCAGAGGAAUUUUCAGAAGCUCAUGACCAUGUUGCGGGCGGUAGUGCCAGUGACAGCGGAUUAGCUAAGACAAGGUACAACAGGAUCUUAAAUAGGCCCCGGAGGUCAUUCGAGUCCAGAUUGCGCAGAUGGUUCUAGCAGCCAGCCGGUGCUAGUGGGUUAAUUGAUUUUGAUCAAAAGAGGCGGUUAACCUUUUCGCUCCGGUUGUUUGACAAAAUGAUAGCAAUUCUGACAAACUAGUUCUCCCUCCGUUCUUUUCUUCUUUAUUUGCUGGUGACAAAUAUUCGAGAACGGAGUUUGGAGUUUGGCACGGGGUGGAGGCAGUAGCCAGCAGCUCUUCAUUAUUUUGUGGGUGACAAAUAUUCAUGAACGGAGUUUGGAGUUUGGCACGGGGUGGAGGCAGUAGCCAGCAGCUGCUUCCUGUUGUUUAUAGCUUGACCCUGGGCUCUUUCCCAUUUUGGAGGCUGUAGCUACACGAGUUUUUGAUGUUAGCGUCCUUGUUUAGAACUUACCUCUUAGGAUCGGCAAAUACCGAUGUAACCUGUUGCUUCCUAGAGUUAGUAUAAAGUACCAUGCUUUGAACUGGGGUUCUAGUUUAGAAUUCAUCUUUGAGGACGGCGAAGUAAAAGGUUUCUCUGGAACUGUUUCAGCUGGAAUGAUAUGUUUAUUUGUAUUAAUAUUGAUUAGGCAG